AUGGUCAUAAAGUUUGGAAAUGAUUUCCGAAAGGCGAAAUCCACCAUAAAAGACAACAAGGCAAGAUCAGUGAGGAAAUCUUUGAUUGGCAAAAAUAAGCUUGGCUUUAUAGAUAGUUCUAUAACCAUUUCUUCUCCACUUGUGAAUUCACCAAUAGCUGUUCAAGCAUGGAUUUGUGCUGAUAAUAUAGUUGGCACUUGGAUCAUCAACUCAGUAUCACCAAAACUUCAGGGUAGUAUCAUUUAUAGAGAUACUGCUUUUGAGAUUUGGACUGAGCUUCGAGACACAUUCAGUCAAGGAAAUGGGACCAAGGUUUUCAAUAUCCAGAAGCAAAUUGCUGAGAUUCAUCAGGGAGAACAAUCACUCACUGAUUACUUCACUCAGCUUAAAGUCUUGUGGGAUCAGCUUCAGAAUCUUAGUCCAUUUCCUCAAUGCACUUGUGGUAAGUGUGUGUGCAAUGUUAAUCAAAGGUUGAAGGAUCUUCAAACCAAAGAAGCCAUAAUGAAGUUUCUCAUGGGAGUCAAUGAUGUGUUUUCUCAAGUUAGAACACAAAUUUUGCUCAUGGAUCCACUGCCUUCUAUUAAUAAGGCUCAUUCUUUGUUCAUCCAAGAGGAAAUGCAAAGAUCUGUUACCAAUUUUGUUAGAGUUGAGUCUACUGUUUUGGCUACCAAGAGCUCAACCACAAAUCCAAAAGGAAAGGAAAGGCUUUUAUGCACUCACUGUGGAAAGUUGGGUCAUACUGUGGAUAAAUGUUACAAACUCCAUGGUUUUCCACCAAGUUACAAAUUUAAGAACAGGAAUAUGAUGGCUCAUCAAGUUUCAACUGUUGCAAAUCAAUUCCAAGGUCAUUGCUUGGCUCCAAAUACUGAUCAUAAUCCUAUUACAAAUCAGUUUCAAGGGCAUUGCUUGGCUCCAAAUACUGAGUACAAUCAUGUUGUCACUGUUCAAGCACCUGCAUUUACUCCUGAUCAGUAG